CUGGCAAGAAGGGAUGAAAGGAAGCAUCACUAACAUAUGACAUGGUCCUAAUGUAUGACAUGGCCCAAAUGACUCUUAGUUGUUUUUUUUCAGGCAAAACUCCAACACACAGGACUAUAGUUAGAAAAUCAGGAAAUUUGCAACUGUUGGGAGCUGAAUAAGCAAAAUCAACAAAAGCCAUUUGUGAAAAUACAGCUGUUUAGAAUAUUGUUAGAAGAUUGUUUAAAAAAGAGGUUGUCUCCAGACUAGGUGUGAGUUCUUUUUGGAGCAAGGAGGACAUCCCUGGGCAGUGGAGAGGCCUGUGCGCAGGACUCUGCACUUGUCUAAGAUAAGAAUCCAGAGACAGUGGAUCAGGUCAGGCCAUUCCAAAAGCCAUGGCCCAGGGAUUGGUGACAUUCAGAGAUGUGACCGUCGAGUUUUCUCAGGAAGAAUGGAAGUACUUGGAACCUGCCCAGAAGGACUUGUACAGGGAUGUGACUUUGGAGAACUUCAGUAACUUAGUUUCACUAGGAAUUUCCAUUUCUAAGUCUGAUGUCAUCUCCUUAUUGGAGCAGAGGAAGGAGCCCUGGAUGAUUGCAAAGGAUAUGACAGAACAGUGGUACCCAGACUUGGUGUCCAGGUGUGAGAAAUUGCCACAAAAAGAUGUUUUUGAAAUAGAAUCAUUCAGUUGGGAGAUAAUGGAAAGACUUAAGUACUGUGAUCUUGAGGGCUCCAGUUUUAGAGAUGCCUGGAAAUGCAUAGACCAAUUUGAGAGACAACAAAAAACUCAAGAGUACUAUUUCAAGCAAGUGAGAAUCACCUAUGAAAACCUGCCCACUUUUGAGAAUCACACAUCCUUCACACUACAUCAUGGAAAUGAGAGUGGUGAGAAGCUAACUGAAUGUAAUGAAUGUGGGAAAGCAUUUAGUCGUGGCGCACACCUUACGCAACAUCAGAUUACUCAUACUGAUGAAAAACCCUUUGAAUGUAAGGAAUGUGGGAAAGCCUUCCGUCGUGCCUCACACCUCAUUCAGCAUCAGAGGAUUCACACAGGUGAGAAACCUUAUGACUGUAAGGAAUGUGGGAAAGCCUUUGGUCGCACCACUGAACUUACUCUCCAUCAGAGAGUUCAUACUGGUAUCAAACCCUAUGAAUGUAAAGAAUGUGGAAAGACUUUUAGACAACAUUCACAACUUAUUCUACAUCAAAGAACUCAUACAGGUGAGAAACCCUAUGUAUGUAAAGACUGUGGGAAGGCCUUUAUUCGUGGCUCACAACUCACUGUACAUCGGAGAAUUCAUACAGGUGCUAGACCCUAUCAAUGUAAAGAAUGUGGGAAAGCCUUUAGACAGCAUUCACAACUUACUGUACAUCAGAGAAUUCAUACUGGUGAGAAACCCUAUGAAUGUAAGGAAUGUGGAAAGGGCUUUAUUCAUAGCUCAGAAGUUACUCGACAUCGAAGAAUUCAUUCUGGGGAGAAACCCUAUGAAUGUAAGGAAUGUGGGAAGGCCUUUAGACAGCAUGCACAGCUUACUCGACAUCAGAGAGUUCAUACUGGUGACAGACCAUAUGAAUGUAAGCAAUGUGGAAAGGCCUUUAGUCGUAGUUCAUACCUUACUCAACAUCAAAGAAUUCAUACAGGUGACAAACCCUAUGAAUGUAAGGAAUGUGGGAAAGCUUUUAUUCGUGUUUCACAGCUGACUCAUCAUCAGCGAAUUCAUACUUAUGAGAAACCCUAUGAGUGUAGAGAAUGUGGAAUGGCCUUUAUCCGUAGUUCACAGCUUACUGAACACCAGAGAAUUCAUCCGGGAAUCAAACCAUAUGAAUGUAGAGAAUGUGGGCAGGCCUUUAUUCUUGGCUCACAACUCAUUGAACAUUACAGAGUCCAUACUGGUUAGAAAGCCUUGAAUGUUAGGGAGUGCACACCCAGCUCAAUACUAGAUAAUUUUUAUGUGUUGUAAUUAAUGUCAGAAAACCUUCAUUUGCCACCUCCAUUAUGGAACAUAAGAGAACUCAUACCAGAAGAAAAUCUAAUAAAGGUGAGAUUCUGUUUGCCUGACACUCAGUGUUUACUAAGCAGUAGAGAAAUUAUGCUGAAAGAUAUAUUAAUAUGAAUGUAUAAAAUCUAUUACCACUCAAAAUUUGUUAAAUUUCUGAGAAUUCCUAAUAGAGAAAUACUAAAAUAUUUUAUGAAUUUGCCUUUAACCAUGGCAUAUAUCUUAACAUUGCCUCCAAACCAAAAAAACCAAACCCGUUGCUGUCGAGUUGAUUCUGACUCCUAGCGACCCUAUAGGACAUAGUAGAACUGCCCCAUAGGAUUUCCAAGGAGUGACUAGUGGAUUCAAACUGCUGACCUUUUGGUUAGCAGCCAUAGCUUUUAACCACUGUGCCACUAGGGCUCCAACAUUGCCUCAGCUCCACCAAUUACUGACCCUAUAGCAUUGAGCAAAUUAUGCAAUCUCUCUGACCCUUGGUUUACUUAAGUGGUGAUAGUUAUAACUCCUAAUAGAGUUUUUGUGAGGACUGAAUCAAAUGUUUUAUAUAAAGCCUUGGGAAGAGGAUCUGGUAUAUACAUGUGCUCAAUAAAUAUUAGCUGUAAUUGUUAUCAUUUUUAUCAGUAUUACUGUUAAGGAGUUCAUGUGAAAGGAAGGCUUUAUGAGUGUAUUAAGUAUCAAAAAGCCUUCAUAACUACUUGUUCUGGUGAUUCAUUCUGAAAAACAGUAGUAAAGUGUAAUUAUUGUGAAAAGGCCUUCAUUCAAAAGAUUAGGAAUUCAGAAUAGAAAUUAACAGAAGAGUAGCCAAAAGAAAUCUCCCAUUUGGAAAUCUAAAACGCUUCUAAGUAUAACUUAGUCUAAAGAGAAACCAAAACUAAAAUGAGAAACUAGAAAUGAAUGUCAGUGAAUUCUCCUGAUUGAAACCAGUACAGAGUAGCCAAAGAUGUUCUCCCACCAGAACCCAAGGACAGUAGGCAGGAGCUUUGGUCACCAAGUGUAACUCUCCAGCACUAGGCAUUGCCAGUCACAUACUAAGCAUGUUGAAUGAAUGAAUAGUUAUAGAGAAAUUACAACAUACACCAAAGUCAACAGUAAAAAGGAUUAUUUUUUUUAAAAAAAAAGACAAAAUUAAUAACACAGAAAACAAAACAGUAGACUUAAUCCAAAGGCUGUUUAUUUAGCAAUACAGUAAGCUAGACUAUUGACAAAUCUGAUCUAGAAAAAACAUAACACACAUUUAACAUUACAAAAGAGAGAGGGUGGGUAUUUUAAAAAUACUAUGCAUGACUUCAUCCCAGUUGAAAAUCUAGAAAAAACAGAUUUUUUACAAAAUAUCCACAUUGGUUCAAGAAAAUGUGGAAUACUUGAAUAAAUCAAUGAUUGUAGAAGGAUUUUAAAAGUCAUCAAAGCCCUGUCCUUUUAAAGAAAACAGUUUAAUAAUAGAAACUUCAAGGAACAGAUAAUCACUAAGGGAAGCUUGCCAAUUCAUUUUGAAGGUCAAAUAAAAUUCUGAUAACAAAACUAGACAAGGAUAGCUUCCAAAAAACAAAUUAUAAAUGGUUGUCAUUUAUGAAGAUAAAAAUAAAUCUAUUAAAAUUAAGAAACUAAUUUUUAAUGGACUGUCUGGAACUUCACCUGCUCUGGAUUAACUGUGUUUUCACAGUUAUGAUAUUGUAACUCCAGAAUAUCACAAUGAUGGAGAAAAGAGCUUUGGUCCAACCCCAGUGACAUCUGGAUUGAGACUUGUGUAGGAACCUCAAGAAAUUGAUCCUCUUACCCCUUGGGGUAGCCAGGCAGUGUCCCAGGCAGAAGGUCAGCUGCACUCUGAUGCCAGCCAUCUUAUCAGUUAUCCCGAGUUUUUGAUAAAAACACCUGCGUUUUCUGCAUAGCUGUUGCCUACAAAACAUUAGGAAGUAGUGUUCUAUAUGUCAUUUUUUCCUUAAAGUGAUUUCUUGAUUGGGAUUUACACCUUCCCAUCACUUAUCAACUAUCUCGUUAUUCAACAUUUCACAUUACGACAAUAGUAAAAAAAAUCUUUUAUCCGACAAUUUUGUGCAUUAACGUGACCAGUGGGACAUAUAGUGCCCACCUGCAUUUUCUCCCUCUCAAGGUUACUGGGAACCUGCUGUCCCACUGACAGUACAGUUAGCAGUAUAACUGAUUGAAGUGGAACAAACUGACACUCCAGUUUUGCAUAAUGCUUAUUUCACACAACGACCUGGUCUUGGGAACCUAAUCCUGUUGAUAAGUGAGGAGAGGGUGUUCAGUUAGAGGUGACAUUAAAAAUUGUUACUUUGAAUAGUUAAAACACAUGCACAGGAUAAAAAUUUUGAAGUUGAAAUUUUGUAUACAGAGAUAAGUGAGCCUCCCCACUAUCUCUACACCCCUCCCACCCAGUCAUCCUUUAUGGAACAGUCACUGAUAUUUAGUUCUUGUAUAUAUGUCCUGAUUUUUAUGUCUGCAUAAGCAUAGACAUACACAUAACACACUUUUUAUCAAUUUUUUACAUAAAUGGUAGCAAAUUUCUAACAUUGCUAUUUUCACUUAACCAUACAUCUUGAAGAUUGUACCAUAUCAAUACAUAUUUAGCUGCCUUGUUCGUUUUUAACAGCUGCAUAGUGUUCCGUAAUUUAACCUAAUCAAUUUAGUUUUUUUAUUAUCUUUUGCUCUUUCAAAUAAUCCUAUAAUAAAUAUCUUUGCACAUAAAUUAUUCUGUACGUGUGUGAUAUAUCUUUAGGAUAAAUUCCUAGAAGUGGAAAUGCUGAAUCAAAAUUAGACACUUUUUAAACUUUAUGCUAUGAAAAAAUUUAAACAUACACAAAAAUAGACUCUUAUAAUGAACCCCAGUGCACCCGUCACCAGCUUCAACAAUUAUCAUCUCACAGCCUAUCUUGUUUUGUCUGUAUUCCCACCCACUGCCCCUACCUUCAUGUUAUUUG